AUGACCCCCCCGCAGGUGCUGAAGGAGGGGGUGCUGGAGAAGCGCAGCGGGGGGCUGCUGCAACGCUGGAAGAAGAAGCGCUGCCUGCUGACCGAGGAGGGGCUGCGGCUCUUCGAGCCCGGCGGCUCCCGCUGCAAGGAGCUGGGCUUCGCCCGCAUGCGGGCGGUGGAGUGCGUGGAGUGGAAGCGGCGGCACGUCUACUUCACCGUGGUGACCGACAGCGGCUGCGAGAUCGACUUCCGCGGCCCGCGGGAGGAGCCCGGCUGGAGCGCGGAGAUCGGCCUGGGGCUGGUGCGCUUCCAGAACCGGCUGGCCAUGCAAAGUGUGCGGGCCCGGCACGGCGCCAGGGCGGUGUUCCAGUACGACCCGGCCCCGAGCGGCCAGGCCACAGACCCGGAGGGGCUCAAGGGAAGGACGGGGAUGGCGGAGGGGCACUCGCCCGCCAGCGGGGAGAACGGAGUCCCUGGCUAUGAGUGA